AAUUAAUAAAAUAUUCUAUUAAAAUUUAAAAGUUUAAAUAAAAAGAACUUAAUUAAUAUUGAACUUCAAGCAAAAUAACAUAUUAUUCUAUAAAAUGAUUUUCGUAAUGCAUAUAUGAUAUAUUAGUGCAUUUCAAAGUAAAAAUGGCUCUCUUCAUUUUUACUUUGUAGAUUACGAGCUAAAAGUUGUUGAAAUUGGAUGAUAUUGAUACUUGUAAAUACAUUAGAUCGGAACAAGAAAGUAAAAGAGAAACAUAAAAUAUUGCUAAAAGACUAAUUUCUUUACGAUGAUAUUAAUACUCGUGAAUAUAUUCGAUAUGAACAAGAAAAAUUGUACGAAAAAUACAUCAAAAACAACAACAACAACAACCAUCUUAAGUUACACAAAAAAUUUUGGACAAUAUUUGAAAAUUUUGAAGAUUUUGGAUCAAACUUACCUUACUAUAAGUGUUGUUGUAAUAUUUAAAUUUGUGUAAUAGUUAUGUCUUCAUGUAACUUUUUUUUUUAAAAUUAUUAAGUUUCUUUUGUAUAUUAUUGUUGUCUAAAUCUAAUUUAAAAUGUUUUAAAUCUUAUUUUAAAGUUUUAUUUAAUUUUAUGUGUAAGAUUUAAAAUCUGUAAAUAAAAUUAAAAUGUUGAUGAGAUAUUUUUUUAAAAUAUUAAAACAAUAAACAAUAAAUAUUUAUGAAUCAUAAAAGUGGUGUGUGAUUGUAGAGACCAAAAUGCAAAUAAAAUAUGAAACUUCAAAUUUGAAGUUUUGAGUAGUGAAACUUCAAAUAUAGAGUUUCGCUCUUCAAAACUUUAAAUUUGAAGUUUUGAAGUUCUUUUUUUGAAAAACAAAAAACUUCAUAUUUGAAGUUAUAUUUGAAGUUAUAGAGUGUCUUUUGGAGAUGCUCUAAUAGGUUUCAUAUUAAAUUAACAAAAAGUAAAGGAAAUCCAUCAGUUCACUAGGAAAUCCACUAUAUUAUCAGCUAAUCUUGGGUUCGCCUAUAUUGUUAGUAAGCUAAUUGCAGUGGUUAAAAUCUAUUUCUAUCAAACUUUGUCAACAAGUAUUAUUUUUAUAUAGCCAUCAACAAAGAACAACCUAUUGCAAGAUUUUCAAAAUGGACAUCUGAAAAAGAAAGAAAAAAAACAUUAUAGUAUCAUAAUAGUAAAUGCUAAACAAAGUAUUUAGAUUUGUUCCAAAGACAUCAUUCCCUAUAAAAGUUAACAAGAACAAAAAAUGGAAAAAACUAAAAGUAAAAAAGAGUUCUUAUUUGAUAGAUUUUCAACAUUUUAAAGAACUUUCAAACCACAUGUAACUUUUUUUUAAUGAUUAAGAAGUUCUGAAUCCCAAGAUCCAUACAUCUCUCUAGGGCCAAAUGUUAACUACAUUAAAUUAAUUUUCUUUAAGAGAGUAGACUCAUUUCAAGAACAUACCCCCUCUACGAGGUGAUUUUACCCACUAUAUUAAUUAUCUUAUCAGUACAUUUUUAUUUUAGACUUUAAAGUUUAAUAUAUUAAUGGUAUAAGACACUCAUUUUAAGAACCUCAUUCAUCACUAAUAAAGAUGCUCUAAUUAACAGUUUCUCUUUUGAUAAACUUUACUUGUUUUCUCAACUUUUUCAUUCUUUUAGUUGUUUGUUAAGACUAUAUCCACCUCUAUCAUAAUUAUAGUCUAUAGAAGUGCUGUAAAAUUAUUGUUAGCGGGAUUCAAAAAGACUCUACCAUGGUACGGUGGUGAAGUCGUGAUAAUGUUGCGCCAGGACACAAUAUGAAUAAAUCGAGUAAGGAUGUCUUACUACAAAAAAAAUUAUUACGGUAAUAUAAUUUUUUCCAGUAAAAUUUUCGAAAGAGCCAAACAAUAUGCAAAAAGUUGUACUACUAUAUUACUUCUUGGGAAUCUGCAGCCAAUGUGAUCUGGAACGUCUACCAAUGAUUACUGCAACACCGUUAGUGACACAAUAGUUCUGGUAAUAACUAUGAAAGGCAAAAGAGGUUUGUUGAAGUCAUCCACAUUAUCAUUUUAGGUGUGUGUUUCGUGGGUUCCAGUGAAUGAAUCAAAGUUAUUUUUGGGACAUUCUAUUGCUUAGCUUGUCACGGGGGACAUCUUAAAUCAUUUUCCAUCAAUUCUCACAUGCUUCUACGCCAUCUGUUCAUUUAAUUCAUUUGUUAAAUAUUUCAAACUGAUGAUUUUUUUCUGUAUAAGAUAAGGACAGAACUAGACAGGCAACCUUGGCUAUUUUCUUCUAGUUGAUUCUGUUUCGUUGAUUUGUGUUUUUAAAAUAGUGGGGUUUUCACAGGAGUACUCACAUGUAAGGGAAGAAAAUUAUUUCACGUUUCUUUUUAUUUUGACAUUAUAUAUGAUUCUUGUGAAACAUGGCCACUGAAAGCAAACAAACAAAAAAGACCAACAUAUAAUUGGUUUUUUUAUUUAUAGUCAAAUUUGGCUUGAUUGAAAGGAAAGUAUAUAUGACUUUUUGUUUAGAACUUACUCAAAAUUUAAAUAUUUUACAAUAUUAAACUAUAUGUUGGUUUGUGUUUUCUGCAACUAUCCUGCAUGCGAAAGACAGUGUAGUUGGGAGUGAGGAAAACACUAUUAGUAAGGAAAAAUAACGUUUAAUUCUGAUUAUGUAAUAGUUGGGACUUUGGAGGAACAACAAAGCAUAUAUUCCCAUUUGGUUGGAUUUUAUAUUAUACAUGCUAUUCUCUAUAUAUAAUUUGAGAAGUGAGUGUGACAACUCACAAAACUAGUUUCUACGGGAAUUAACAGGCUCAAGAUUCUUUUAGGAAGAUCCAUGAAAACGAUAUGUAUUGCAAGACAAUAAUUUAGCAUCUAUAUAAAUAGGGAAAAUGUCACAGGAUAUAUAUGCACAUAAAUUUAGUGAGAAGAUGAAAAUAAUGAAAAAAGAAAGAAAAAACAAGAAGUCGGUGUUGGAAUAGUAUCCUAUCAGGCGUUGAAACCUUACUAAUAUGCUAAUCGAUUAUAAUUUGGAGUCUCAACCCCUAUUUUGCAAGUAGAGCAAUAUGCUAAUCGAUUAUAAUUUGCAAACCCCUUACUAAUAUGCUAAUAGCCACCAUCACAUCGAGCCUUUGUAAACCACCCAAGUAUCUGUUCAUAAUAUCCAAUCCAUGGUAUCCUAAUAGACCACAUACCGAGUAUUUAUCUGAGUACUUCUAAACAGCAAACAUUUCAGAUUUCAAUAUAUUGAAACAUUUGAAAACAAAAAAUCUGACCCUCGUUAAUCUCUUUUAUCUGUAAGGACAUGAUGAACCAUAAUCAUCAUUAUGGUGCCACUAUCAUCACAGCCGUUCAGUAACCGAACUUGUAUUUCAAAUAAAGACCGAUAAAACCUGUAUAGAACCUCUCUUAACAACAAGUCUUCUUUGUAGAGGUUUUAUUUUCUGUUUUAAAUUUAAAUUUAAUUAUUUAAUAAAUACAUAAUAGUAAUAAUACUUUAUAGAAGAGAAACUGUAAUCGGAUAUCUUACCGUUAAGCUUGCUCUUAAAAGUCUAGGAAGUUAGUAUGUUUUUAAUGAUAUUUAUUGAACUUUAUAUGUUAAAACAUUUAUCCUAUCAUAAAUGGUUUUGACUUAUGACAGAUUAUGAAAAAAAAAUUAAACUGUUUUAAGUUUUAACUUGUUUUAAUUUUUCAACGACGAUUAUAUAAGAAACGGAUUGUUUUGCCCCAAACCAUAAACCAGAGUAGUCCCUGAUUAACAGUUUAGCUUUGGUGUUAUGUCCUAUCUUCGCUGUAAGCUAAAAAGACUCCCAUAAUUCUUAAGUAACCAAAUCCUUCAAUUUAAAUAUCAGAAGAGUUGAAUAUAACCAUCAUUACACUUCUGGGAUACAAUCAGAGAGGACACUGUUGAGGAGAUUCAAGAAUAAAAACGCUAAUAUUCUUGGAAUUAGAUUCUUAUUGAUAAAAGAAUUAGACUCAACAACAAAUCUUAGAUCCCAGAAAAAUGGAGUUUUCUUCUCUGAUUGUAUCAAAUCAAGGGAAGCAUAUUGCACUUGUGUUCAUAUGUUUAGUAUUAAUCUUGAAGAUAGCCUUGGUUUCUUCUGUCAAUCAGGAAAUCCAGAUUUACACGGUGCAUUUGGGUGAGAGGCAACAUGAUGAUCCUAAACUUGUUACUGAUUCACAUCAUGAUAUCCUCAGAUCGCUUCUUGGAAGCAAAAAAGCUUCCCGUGAGUCUAUGAUUUAUAGUUACAGGCAUGGCUUCUCAGGCUUUGCAGCGAAGCUCACACCAUCUCAAGCAAGGGAACUCUCAGAGCAUCCGGAUGUUGUUCAUGUGACGAGAAGCAAGUAUAUGAAGCUGGCAACAACAAGGGUGAGUGAUUACUUGGGACUCACUCCAACAGCUCCAACUGGUCUCGUCCAUGAAACUGAUAUGGGAAGUGGAGCAAUCAUAGGAAUCCUGGACACAGGAAUAUGGCCAGAUUCAAAGUCAUUCAGUGACAACGGUCUUGGACCAAUCCCGACACGUUGGAAGGGAAAAUGUGUUUCAGGAGAAUGGUUCAACGCAUCAUCAAGCUGCAACAGAAAGUUGAUAGGAGCUAGAUACUACGCAAAGGGUCUCCUCGAAAGUUACAAUGGGACAUACGAUGCGAUGGAGAAAGACGAGGUCAUGUCCCCAUUAGACGUAACCGGUCACGGGACCCAUUGUGCAUCGAUCGCCGCGGGUUCUUUCGUCCAGGACGCAAGCUUCUUAGGUCUAGGCUCGGGAACCGCCAGAGGCAGCGCCCCGCGAGCCCGCAUAGCUUCUUACAAAGUUUGUUGGAGCAAAGAGGUGUGUUACUCACCGGAUAUUUUAAAGGCCAUGGAUCACGCCAUUCGAGAUGGCGUUGAUGUUAUAUCGAUGUCGCUAGGAUCCACAAUACCGCUUGAGUUCGAGGUUGAUAGAAGUGAUUUUGCUAUUGGUGCUUUCCACGCCGUUAUGAAGGGAAUUCCCGUGGUAUGCGCUGGUGGGAACGAUGGUCCCCAUACGCAAACCGUCUCGAACGUUGCUCCGUGGAUCAUAACGGUCGGGGCUACGACCAUGGACCGAGAGUUCUUCACGCCCAUCACUCUUGGAAACAAUGUAACCGUACUGGGUCAAGAAUCUCUAUACACGGGAAAAGAAGUCGGAUUCGCUGAUAUUGUUUACUUGGAAGACUUGACAAAAGAUGAUAUUCUAGCCGGUAAAGCUAAGGGAAAAAUCGUGUUUGCCUUCCAAAUACAAUCAUCAUUAGAUAUUGAAGAAUAUGCAAAAUCUAAUGGCGUUGUUGGCGUCAUUAUUGCGUCGAACCCAUACGACCAUAUAGCACCGGGCACCACGGAUAUCCCUUAUGUCUACGUAGACUUUGAAAUUGGGAUGGACAUUAUGUUGUAUUUCAAAACAACCAAAUUUCCAAAAGCUAAGAUCAGCCCUACCAAGUCAUUCGUUGGCCGACCCUUCUCGACCAAGGUCGCAAGAUUUUCGUCUAGAGGUCCCAAUUCAAUAUCUCCUGCCAUUCUCAAGCCUGAUAUAGCAGCACCAGGUUCAGGUAUACUUGCAGCCGUACCAUCAGAAGAAGGAUACGCAUUCAUGUCGGGGACAUCGAUGGCUACACCUGUUGUUUCAGGAAUAGUCGCACUUCUUAGACAAAAACGCCCUGACUGGUCUCCUGCUGCAAUCCGCUCCGCUCUCGUCACAACCGCAUUACAAACGGACCCAUUCGGAGAGCCUAUUUCAGCGGAGGGUUCCCCGCGCAAACUUGCUAACCCGUUUGACUUCGGAGGCGGUCUAGUGAACCCGGGGAAAGUAGCAGACCCGGGACUUGUCUACGACAUGGGCUCCGAUGAAUAUGUUCACUACUUGUGCUCCGCAGGCUACGAAAAUAAAUCCAUCUCAAGAUUACUUGGAAGAAUAUACACUUGCCCUUCUCCAACUCCAUCCAUGCUUGAUGUCAACGUGCCUUCCAUUACGAUUCCAUACCUCAAUGAAGAGAUCAUUCUAACUAGAACUGUUACCAAUGUUGGACCGGUUGGUUCGGUUUACAAAGCUGUGAUCGAACCGCCUCUCGGUAUUAAACUUCAGGUGAGUCCUAAGACUCUAGAGUUUGGUCCCAACACCAAGAAGAUUACAUUUACGGUGAAAGUCUCCACGACUCAUCGAUGGAACACUGAUUAUUUAUUUGGGAGCUUGACUUGGACUGACAAUGGAGCUCACAAUGUUAGAAUACCUCUUUCUGUGAGAACAAGACCUUUUAACUUGAAGAUAUAACAAAAUUAUUAAUAUUAUCGAAUAAUAAUUAUAAAAUCAUACCAAUGUGUAUUUGUAUUCGUUAUCUAUCGAAAGGCUUGAUCAAAAAAAAAAAAUAUAUCGGAAGGCAAUCAAUGUGACAAUAAUAAAUCGUAUAAUAUUUAAGUCUUAUAUGUAGUCCAGACUGCGGAAGUGAUUUGUGGGUUUUAGGACUUUAUUACUUUUAUAAAUAGGUCUUUCUUCUUCUUCUUUUAUCGGCUAUAAAUACAAUAUAAACUCUAUAAAAUAAUACUUCAUAAUAAGACAAUAAAUAAAUAAUUAUUUCAGUGCUAGAUUGGGCUAAGUUCAGAGCUUUCAAAGGAGCUAGCAGGAAUGAAGAGUGCUCUACAUUCUCCCUUUUAACCUCAACCGCUUAUUCCCUCUCCUUCAUAAGUGUUACUCUUUCUUUAUUUCUUAUUCUUUACCCAAGAGUUUGUGUUGUGUGUUAUCAUCACCACCAAUAUUAAUUUAUCUAAUGAAAAUAUCAUUUUUGGAUCAUUUCAAUAUCUAACACUUCUUAAAGACCUUAUCUUCAGAAUCUAAUUUUGGUUGGGUGGCAAUAGAGCUUGCUGCCAAAAAAGUUUCCAUGUUACAGAAUUAGUGAUUCAUAUUUGCUUCUUUCUUUUUCAUUACAUUUUCUGGUUCAUUUAGAGAUUAAUAUUUAUUUUUAGGUUAGUCUAUAACGGUUUUACCGGUUUAGUAGGCUCACGUUAAUCCCCUCGACGAGGUUCUUUUAACUUUUGACGAUUCCCCUUCAGUAAUUCAAAUUAUUAUUAUUUUUGGUCGAAAAUCAAAUAUGAAUUUGUAUACUGUAUAUAUAUUUUUUUUCUUAACAAUAUAUCGAAUAUUGAGGAUAAUAUCAAUAUCAUGACUUAUGAGCAUGACUCAAAAUGGCGUUGAACUGUAUUUAUCUUAAUUUAACUUUCUAAUAAUAAUAAUAUUUAUUUUCCUUUUUUCAAAAACAAAAAUUGAUUUACUAUACAGAUUCUAUAUGACUAAAAUAUCUAACUUUCUUUGAUUAAUUUAUUUAAAUUAAACUUUCUUAAAUUUAUUAUUUUAUUUAAAUAUUUUUCCUCUAUUAUUGAUUUUUUACUCAAAAUAUGUAAACACAGUAACUGAUUGACAAAUGUUUGAUAAACAUGGUAGGAGUUGAUAAUAAAGGUAUUUUAUUCCUACCUUAUAUAAAAUUAAUUUGCAUAAUGUACUAGUUGAAGACAAUUUACUUUGUAUUUGUAGGAUAAAAAUCUUGUCACUUCACCACAUAAAUAGCGAAUUUCAUUUAAUUAAAAUGAAUUAAGAGUUGAUAAUAGUUGUUCUCAUCUUCCCCAAACAUUUCCUGUUAUAUUAUCUAUUUUUUAUUACAGAAAAGGGUACCGAACUUUCUUGUGUGAGCUCAUCCUUAAAAUGUUUUAAAGAAAGAGACUUUCAUUAACUCAAAUAAAAUAUCUUCACAAAUGGUAUUUUCUAACUGCCUAAAAUCUAGCUGAAGCGUCUUAUCGAAGAAGAAACACAAACUGAAACCGAAGAGCAACAGAUCAGAGAGCAUUUGCAGCGGCGCGCAUCCGUUUCCGGCAAAGGGUUUAGAUUCAAUUGUCUGAUUUAUCAUUCUUCUGAAAUAAAAACGAAACCUUGUUGAGAUUUGUUGUUCUCAGACAUAAAGUUCGUUGCUUUCCUCUCACUUGUCACUCAACUGGAUCUUGAUUCUGGAACUUGGGAGUUCUUGAACU